GGCCACCCCCCCGGUUCCGGUGUCCCCCCGAGUUCGAGGCCGUGUCCGGGGGGGUCCCCAUGGGGGGGCCCCAAACGGAGCUGUGGCUGAUCCGGGCCCCGAUGGACUUCUGUCCCCAAAGCCUCGAGGGCCGCCCGGUGCCCCUGAACGGCCUCGAGCGGCUCCGCCCGGGUGACAACGACAACAACGACAACAACGACAACAGUGACAGUGCCACCCCCGGUGCCACCUACGUGCUGCGGGGCGGCCCGGCCGCGGCAGGGUGGCACUGUCCCCUGCUGCUGUCCCCAGUGUCCCCAGGGGGGUCCCUGGGCUGCGCCCCCCCCAUGAAGGGGACCCUGAGCAUCACCCGCAGCUUCGGGACACCGAGGGUGGCACCUGGGGACACCGCGGGGACAGCGCCACCCUCGGGGGGGACAGCGCCACCCUUGGGGACAGCGACACCCUCAGAGGGGACAGCGCCACCCUCGGGGACAGUGACACCCUUGGGGACAGCGCCACCCUCGGGGGGGACAGCGACACCCUCGGGGACAGUGACACCCUUGGGGACAGCGCCACCCUUGGGGACAGAGACAGAGGGGCCGGGACCCCCCGAGGUGACCAAGAGGAGGAAGAAGAGGAAGAAGGAGAAGAGGGAAGGGCAGGAGUGACCCCGGGGUGGCACCCGCGGUGUCACCUUUGUCACCUGAGGUGUCACCUUU